GAGAGAGAGAAAGAGAGAGCCCAAGUUGCACAGAAGAUUGUGAGUGAUCGUUCUUCAGCCGUCUGUCUGAAAUCGCUCUUUUCACAUCGUAAGCUCUCUCUUUCCUUGAUCAUAUCUUGAAUCCUCAAUACCCAUCAGAAAAGUUUGAUCCUUCAAUUCUUAAUCUGGCACUCGCGCCGAAUUUUCUCCCGGAUAUCGUAUAAGAUCAAGGCGGGGGCCAAAGAUCUCAACUUUGACUCUACGAUCGACCAAUUACUCGAUUUUGUCUAUAUUCUUCGCAAAUCGAGUUUUGGGAGCAUCAUCAACUAAGAAGCAAGAACUUUUUUGGUGGACUGAUGCAGAAUUUGGGUGAUUUCAAGCUUCCCCAGUUCUUCAAUUACCCUCCGUACUUCACCUUGCAGCCGGUGAGGGAUACACGAGAGAAGCAAGUUCAGCUCUGGAAGGAGCUUAUAUUGGAUUACUGCAAAACCCAGAAGCUCUUCGUCGUUGGGCUCGAAGAAGAUUUUCCUCUCUUCUCAAAUCCAGCCAUUGAUAGAUCUUUAAGCCAUGAAGCGAGGGAGGUAUUCCUCUCGGCCCUUGUCUCGGAGGGGCGUGCGGAGUGGAUAGACAAAGGGCGAAGGAAAUGCCUGAUGCUCUGGCAUCGGGUUCAAGAAUGGGCGGACGUAAUUCUACAGUUUGUGAGAGAGAACGGAUUGGAGGACAGUGUUAUGACCGUCGAGGAAAUACGUUCAGGAACCGAGUCACGAGGAACAGAACUUCAGGGAAUAGACAGGAGGAUUCUGAUUAGGGCGUUGAAGCUGCUGGAGAACAAGGGCAAGCUUGCACUGUUCAAGGGAACGUCGGCUGAUGAUGAAGGCGUCAAGUUCUCUGUCUGAUUCUCUGCAAACUUCUUCGAUCUGGUGAAUGAACUCUGGUCUAAAUCUCUUGCAAAGCCAGUCUUCCUUCUUCUUGUUCUUUGAUGGGGCGUUCUCUAGACAGAUUCUGUGGUAAUAUCUACAGUUGAUUGGAAUCUCUUAAUCUGUUCCAAUAUCACAUUUUCGUAAGAGUUCAUGGGAAACAUUCGUAGUUAGUGAUAUAUUCAUGCAAGGGAGGGACUUGCCAAUAGAGCAGGCAUUUCGGUUUUCGGUUUGA